CAAAGAAAGAAAGAAGUUCGUAAUCCAUUUCUCAUCUUUUGACCUUCCUUUAACAAGUUUACGAAGAGGAUCGUCCGUCAAUUUUCGUCGUCUUCUGUAACAAAAGCAAUUGAGGUUGCGUUCAUAUCAGAUCUAGAAAACAGAGGAAGAUAGAACAGAACAAUAUGUCUUUUACCGGAACACAACAGAAAUGCAAGGCUUGUGAGAAGACAGUUUACCCUGUCGAACUCUUAUCUGCCGAUGGAAUUCCUUAUCACAAAUCAUGCUUCAAGUGCAGUCAUUGCAAGGGCACUCUUGCGCUCAGCAAUUACUCUUCAAUGGAAGGUGUUCUAUACUGUAAACCUCACUUUGAACAACUCUUCAAGGAGACUGGCAAUUUCAACAAAAAUUUCCAGUCACCUGCGAAAUCAGCUGAGAAGUCAACUCCAUUUCUGACAAAAUCCCCUAGCAAAGCAGCAGGUAUGUUUUCUGGUACACAAGAGAAAUGUGCAACAUGUGGCAAGACAGCUUAUCCAUUGGAGAAGGUAACGGUGGAGAGCCUAUCGUACCACAAAUCGUGCUUCAAGUGUUCUCACGGUGGAUGUGCAAUCACGCCAUCGAACUAUGCUGCUCUGGAGGGAAUAUUAUACUGUAAGCACCACUUUUCUCAACUUUUCAAGGAGAAGGGUAGCUAUAAUCAUCUUAUCAAAUGUGCUUCGGUAAAACGAGAUGCUGCAGCAGCAGCAGCAACUGCCUCUAUUCCAGAUGCAUGAGAUUUCAAUUCCCCCUUGUUAUUAUCUCACUGAAUUUGUUUGGGAUUUUUGAUUCCUUCAUAUUAUUCUGAGUGUGUGUUUUCUUUCUUUGUGGAUUUAACUACUUGGGAUUUCUUCAAAAGGAAUCCGGAUUCAUCCUCCUGUUGUGGCGCUUUGAUUGAUUUUUAUAAUUGUGAGAGAGCUUAACUGUCC